UAAAUAAUUAUUGAAAAAAUUUAAAUUUUAAUGAAAUGUUAAUUUAUUCGCGCCAAAACGCAGUCACCGACGUUGACAUUUGCUGUGACGUCAAUCCUUAGCAAACUUGUAAACAUUAGAGUCGAGUAACAAAUAAAACAUAUUAAAUAUUAUUUUAAUAUGAAUUCUAAAGGAUAUAAGUGGUGUGCGGUCCCGCAGUGCACUAAUACGUCAAUAAAAACCCCUAACAAAGUGUUUAUUUACGUGCCAAACGAUAAAACGAUGCGAUAUAAGUGGCUAACUCUUGCACGGCGAGAUCCUAAAGCUGUUCGUCUUGAUACAUCUAUUUAUUUCUGCGUAGAUCAUUUUGACUUGCCACAUGAUAUGGAUAAUUAUAUGGAAUAUCACAUAAUGGGUUCUGUGUCGAAAAUUCGAAUGAAACCAGGGUGUAUACCCACUAAAUUUGAAUGCCAAGCAGAUAGGAGAAAACGAGCAUCUGAUAUGACCGAACGACCAUAUACUGUAAAAAAGCAAAGACAGGAAUUAAUUCAAGAUUCUAUAAAAGAUCUGGAAGAUAAAAGUAUUGUAAAUAAAGCUAUAGAGUUUGGAGAGACAUCAUCAAGUUCAGCUGUGCAUGGAAAUACAGAAAGUAUUACACAAGAGAAAAAUAAGUCUGCAAAUAAAUCCAUCCAAGUUUACAUCACACACAAAUUCAGGAGCAAAGGAGCAAAUUACAACCUAUGAUUAUUUAACCUCUUUUUGUAUGAUCAUAAUUAAAUAGGAAAAAAUAAAAGCACUAAUUAAC